UCAAAAGUCAUUUGAACAUCGCCCUGUCUGUUGUGUUACCUCAGCUCCAACGAGUAGGAGAUACGCAGGAAAAUAAUGAAAUCUGCGAUUAUUUUACGUGUUUUAUAAGUUUUACCUUUUAAUCUGCGUUAUCCGCAUUAGUUAACUACAAGAUAAAUAUAUUGGUGCAUUUCAGACAGUGACGAGCAAACAUUCUAACAUUAUAAAUAUACAGGUGCUCUGUGAAGUAAAAAGGAAUAUCUGUUUGUGACUGUAACGAUGACAAUGACGUAGAACCGUUCACCUUAUUUGUAUUAGCUGGUUAUCAAGUUCCAUCACCAAUUUUUAUUUCCCUGCAGAUUAGCUUUUAUUGGAUGUGAUUCAACAAAAACAAUGGGGAACUCACACAGUAGUAAAAAUAUCUCGAGCGCAACAGCUACCAGUCCUGCGUUUGCUUCACCAAACGAUGUCCAACAUAAUCCCGCCGGCAGCAGUAGCAACAACUCUAUCAAGGGUAUGACACGAACACCAAGCGGAGCUGAUCUGCAGGAUCGCUCUCAAGCUCAGUAUCAUCCGGUGGAGAAGCUCGGUAAAAUCUUGACUAAAAAGUGUGAGGACGAAUUCGGAAUUAAUGGAAUCACUGCGGAGGUUUUUGCUAGAUAUGUUUUUCCAAAAUUUCCGGAUAUGGGAAAAAGAUUGUUUAAAUAUCUGCGGCAUAACAGUCGAGCAAAAACCGAACACAUGGGGCUGACCGCAUUCAGGCAGCAGUGCGAAAAAUUUCUCGGUGUGUUGGACGAUUCGGUCAUACUGGAAAGUUAUGUUAAAAUGUUCGGAAACCUAAAUGAAACUGAUUUGAUUAAGCCGGAGAACUUCAAAGAUCUACUCAGAACAUGCUAUAACCUUGCUAUGGCCCACUAUCUAGAUGGACCGCAAACGUGCCUGCUUGAGGAUGACGAAGAGUCGCUUGACCGAACGCUUAAUUCGGUGGUGCAGUCGUGCUUCUUUUCGAAGGAAUCACUUAGCUCCGGCUACAUAUGUCGAUGGCUUGAGAACAAUGUGCCUCGUCUAGUGCCUCCGUUACACAAAUACUGUGUACAUGCACUUAGCACUUCCCAUCGAAUUAUUAUCGAUAACAGCAUGAAGAAUAACAGCGAUACCGUGGUAUCAAUCAGUGCCAUCAAUGCUGGUGAGGCAAGCUAUGGUUUGGAAUUGCAGACGCCUAUCUUGGAGAAGGGAAGUCCAUGUUUCAUGAACAAUGAUACAACUUCUGCCAAUUCAGGGGAACCGCUUUCUCAGCGAGAACGAGACAGGAUAAGCAUGCAACAACCACUAUUACCAAUAUCGGAAGCUUGGCUAUUGGCAAGUUCAUUGCCACCAUGUUAUUCUAAGCCGCAGUCCAUUCAGUCUCCUCUUAAUUCAUCAUCAAACUUAGCGUCUCAGGUGUUUAUGGCUAAACUGCUGUCAAUGGUUCCUUCUCACUGGACUAUGCUGUAUGACUCGCGACAGGACGGCGCUGGCACGAAUCGAUUUCUGCACCAUGUCCUGGGAUAUCGAGGCCCGAACUUAAUACUGUUUCGGUGUGAUGAUGAUUUGUUGUUUUGUGUAGCAAAUCCGAACGAAUGGCGCGAAACUCAUUUGUACUAUGGCCCAGAUGAUAGUUGCUGUUUGCAGUUGCUUCCUAAAUUUGUGAUGCUGGAAAAGAAGCCUAAAAGUCUCUAUUUGAAUACGCACAUUCGUGGAUAUCCGAAAGGGCUGCGGGCAGGUUCGGACCCCCGGAAGCCUAUUCUGAUUGUGGACGAACACUUUGAAAAAUUAGAGCACCGUGGACUUCAGCACAAGAUAUUAUCGAUCGAGGUAUGGGGAUGUGGGGAUCUGCAGCAACGUGAAAUUCAGCUGGACAUAAAAAAGUGGCAAAUUAAAGAAGCCGAACGGCAGCGAACGGUGAAAAUGACCGCUGCUGAUUGGAUGGACCAUCCUGAUCGAUACCUGCUAGAACUGGGAGGUCGUCAAAAUUAUAACAAUUCAUCGACCUAACACGGUGUUGGCUGAGCCAAUGGAUAAGCUAACGAUGGGAGUAUUUCUUUCAAUAUUGACGUGUUAGUACUUUUCAGUCCUAUAAGAAAUAUAAUAUGUACUUAUGUUUUGAUUAUUUAUGCUGUAUUUUACAAAGCCACUUACAAAUUAUACAAAUAUUUGUUUAUACAGAAAAUAUAUAGUUGAAACAUUUGUUGAAUCUAAUGAA